GGGAGCGGAGCCCCGUCCCGGCAGCGCUGCGCCCUCAGCGGGCCCGCUCCGCUCCCGCUCCCGCUCCAUGGAAGCGGCCAACGGGACCGUGCCUGAGGGCGCGGCGGAGCGGACCCGCGGCCCCGCGGCCGCCCCGUCGGGCAGGAAGGAGGUGAAGGUGGUGAUCGUGGGCGACGGAGGCUGCGGGAAGACGUCGCUGCUGAUGGUGUACGCCAAAGGCGCCUUCCCCGAGCAAUACGCGCCCUCUGUUUUUGAGAAGUACACSACGAGUGUGAUGGUGGGGAAGAAGGAGGUCACCCUGAACCUGUACGACACCGCAGGGCAGGAGGACUACGAUCGKCUACGGCCGCUUUCUUACCAGAACACAAAUGUUGUGUUAAUUUGUUACGAUGUCAUGAACCCCACCAGCUACGAUAACGUAGCAGCCAAGUGGUAUCCUGAAGUGAAUCACUUCUGCCGGGGUGUGCCUGUUGUGCUGAUCGGCUGCAAGACAGACCUUCGGAAGGACAAGGAGCAGCUGCGUAAGCUCAGGGCUUCCAAGCAGGAACCCAUCACCUACAACCAGGGUGAGGCAGCUUGCAAGGAGAUUAAUGCAGAAAUUUAUCUGGAAUGCUCAGCAAAAUGCCGUGAGAACAUAGAAAAUGUUUUUAAAGAAGCCACAAACAUUGCACUGAGUGCCAUGAAGAAAGCCAAGUGCCACAGGAAAAGGAAAGUGUGCUCAGUGUUAUGAUCUGGACUGCAGAAGAGCCAAGUGAUUGAGAUUUUCUAAACAGUUUAACUUUAGAAAACCGUUUUUUUAAAACAUUUGUAUUCCUAGGAUAAUUGUUAUUUUAAAAUUUUAAUUUUUGAUAUUUUUGCACUUUUUUUACACUGUUCUCACAAAGUUUUCAAAGCUGUUUAUCACAGUUAACUGAUGCUGUGUGCCUUCACCCAUCUGGCUUUUGCUUCUAAGUGCAAACAACUCCCUAUUUAAACUGCAGUGAACAGYAACUGCUACUUUAUAACUCAGUGUUGGGGUUUUUUCCUCUGCAAAACAGAUGUGACACAUUAGAGCUACAAUUUACUGUCUUUUUGCAGCAGAAAACCCCCACCUUUUAGAAGUAAUGUUAAAGCAGUUUGUCAGGCACCUUUGAAGAGAUAGAAACAAAGUUUUAUCUUAACAUUUUCAAGUUCAUUAACUUUAUGGCAGUGGAUUGAGUUGGCCUCAAGCUGUCCCCUGAGUGCAGAUGGAACAUCCACUACCUCCCUGGACCAGCUCAGAGUACUUCAGUGGUGCUGGAAUGGAAAGUGGCAUUUAUCAAUGGAAAUAUAGCAGUUGCUCCAAUUAAAAAAUGGAGUGUCAUGGGAAAUAGUUAAUUUACAGCACUCAAAUUUAGAAGUACUCCAAGCAGCUACUACAUGUAAGGUUAAGUCAGUCUCAUGGUAAACAUUUACAGCUUAUUUAAUACAAGACAGAUGCACACUGGAGGAAAUACUCAUUCACUCGUGAAAUCAUCUCUACUGCUAUAAAUUAAAGUUUUCCCUUUUGUGA